AUGACUGCUUCGCGAGACGCUGGCAGAGGCGACCGAAAUCGCCCGGCAGAAGAAGAUGGUGGUAGGACCGCCGUCGACAGCGAGAUGGUUUCGACGGGGCAGCCACUGCAAUCUGUUGCUCCCAUCGACACAAUCCUCAGACAGCACCCUAACGAGCGACUGUAUGUCAAGCCUCUAGAAUGGACAGCACGCCACCUUGAGCUCCUGGGCUGUCGCUAUCUGCCAGGCCACGGGCGCCCCCGCCCGUGGCGACCCUUUUUCUACUAUCAGCUACCGCCCUGUUCUUCGGCAGACCCCCUCCAAGAUGAUCUUGAAGAUGGCAUCAGUGGUAAAGGCCACAGGGGACGCCACAAACUGAACAGCUUGGAGCAUAGGCGUCGCUUGUCUAAGAGGAAGAAGUUCGGGACGCGGUAUGCGAUGCGAGCCAUCGGGCUCCUUCCUCUGAGCUGGCGAAUACAUAACACAACUAAACUUCUGGAUUGGGGACCACUUCGAAUAAUUUGCCCCAACGCCAGUUUGGACUUUGAUUUCAAGGGUAAGCGCGCCGCCUUGAUCCAGCCAGUCAGCAUCUUUGGCAGUAGGCGGCCUUUUAGCUUUAUGAUGAAGCCACCCUAUGGAUGGGAAUCCCCUCAUGACCAUGUUCAAAUACCCAACUAUCCGCUCGUCAUCUGGCUGGACUACGAUGCCUUUGUUGCAAAACCGCGGCAGGCGAGAUUCACUGCUCAUGACAACGAGCCUGUACAGGCCCUGCGGGAGAUCCGGUAUCGUCACGUCAACCCUCCCAGCUGGGAGCAUGACCCGUACCUUGCUGCAGCCUUGAUCGCCCUGGCCCAAAAACAGCGCCGCUGGGAGAUGGAUUGGGGCCCCAGGCUGGGUCGCCGCCCUGUUGAUCCGUCGCACGUAUUCACGACCAGAAUGGUGGUCGCACGCUUUACACCACGGCGUCUGUGGUACGUCUAUACGGCCGACAUCCCACUCAACUUCCUCAAUAAGUUGGACCGACCAUCUGUUGCAACAGAUGCCCCUACCGCGGUGGAUAUAAUACACGACCAAGUCGAAUCCCGACCAUAUCACUCGUUCCGCGACCGACUCCUCGAGCGGCUGGGCCUGGCCAAGAACGAGAUGAAGCAGCAGGGCGUCAAGCGCAAGAGACGGGAGAUGGAAGAGGAUAGCGCGUCGGACUCGUGUUGGGACUCGGGAGAGUGUGACUCGCCCGAGGCCACGGAGGACGAGGACGAGGAGGAUGGGGACCCGAAGAGGGGGGGCCUGAAGAAGGAGAACUCGUCAGAGGACCAGAUGGGUGACGAGGUGGGCCAUGGAUAUUGA